AUGUUUCUAUAUAUAGGUGCAUGUCUUUAUCCAAAAAAAACUAAACGUCGUUGGUAUAACAAGAAACACUUCAUCAUUCCGGUCAGCAUAUUGACAGCACUGUUAAUCUUAGCAGUUGUUCUCGGUUCUACUCUUGGAUCAAAGUCUACUCAUAAUGCAUCAGGUAUGUAUUUUGAUUUUCUUUUCAAAUCAAAGACAAGCCAAAGACAAGUGACACUUAAAUCUCAAAGCCCUGAUCGUUUCCCUUAUUAA